AUGGACUCGUACCAGAAUAUCUUCUUCCCUUCGGUUUCUGUCGCGACGAAAGUCAGUCUUGGAUUGUCGACGCUGGUCGUCGCGUUGGUGAUAUUUUUGGUGGCACCGAGGGUGGUACUGAAUAGUGUUGCAGAUGGCAUUCUAUCCACCAUCUAUCGUAUUCCCACGACGGAUAGGAAAAGAUCAAUGCCAGGGCCAGCAUAUACCUUCCCCAAUGGACAGAUGGUCGAUAAGUUCCUGGCAGCAAAAGCGAAGAGCUGGGAGUGGGAGGAAAAAUACGGCAAGACGUAUCGCAUUUGGGCGGCGAGCAUUCCGGAAGUAGUCAUCACAGAUCCCAAGGACGUCGAAAUACUCUAUCAAGAUUCUGCAGACCACAAAAAAGCGCACCAGGCAAAUGCCGGCUGGCUGCUCACCCAGCUCCUCGGGUCUGGUCUAGGCCUCAUCAAUAUACCCCGCUGGAACGUGCUCCGCAAGACCCUGGACCCGAUGUUCUCCCAUCGUACGGCAGUACACUUCCUGCAUGAGAGUCUCUACAGUGGAGCCAAGGAAUACGUCGCGGGAAUUCAUCGCUUUGCAUCGCCAGCAUCCAAGCAGGAUUCAACGCAACAAAAGGGCGUCAUAAUCAACGCGACGCAGGCAUUGCAGCGUUACCCGUUCUUCGAGGUCGCUUCGAUGUUCUACGGGAAGCUAAGCGACGAUGAGCAAGAACGGCUGUGGGAUCUGGGUCGUCGGUAUUCGCAGGUUUUCGCCGCCAUAGUAGCGGGCGGGAUUCAUCGGACCAAGUUUACGAAAUAUCUGGGGACGAAGGCGUAUCAGGAUGCGCGGGAGUACCAGUGUUUGUGGAAAGAGUUCAACGCCGAUAUGUAUGAGGCUAGGAAGAGAAGUGCGCCUGAGACGCCCAUAGUGCUACUGAUGGAGGCGGCAAAACGGGGCGAGCUGACGGGCAAUGAGGUGACAGAUACUAUUGCGGAGUCGACCUUUGCGAACCUGGAUAUCGUCACACACGUGAUUUCUUCCUGUAUUAUUCUCCUGGCGGAUUCGCAGGAAGUCCAGAAUGACUUGCUGGCGGAGAUGCAGAGGAACCAAGAGGGACGAGAGGAGUACAUUGCCCGGAAGAAUACCCUGCUUCAUUAUUGCCUUUUAGAGUCGCUUCGACUGCGACCGGUUCUAUCAUUCACGUUCCCCGAAAACCCUCCCCGAGAAAAGAUAUUAGGCAACUUCAUCGUCCCCAAAGAUACCACCGUCAUCGUUGAUGCGUUCGCCAUCAACAUCCGGAAUCCCUUCUGGGGCCCAGAUAAUCGUGCAUAUCGACCUAAGCGAUUCGAGGGACUUAAGAAAAGCCAGCUGCGAUAUAACCUCGCUACAUUCGGUUACGGACCGAGGAAGUGUCUUGGGCAGCAUAUUGCCGAUAAAAUUAUCAAGUCGGUCGUGUUCCAUCUCUUCAGCAAGUAUCAGGUGUCGCUUCAACCGAUGCAGGCAAUUGAGGGGGAUUUCAAGGUUGAUAAGACGAGCUGGGUGGCGUUGUAUGACGUGGACUUGAAAUUGGAGGAGAGGGCGGAGGCGGCUGGGGAGAGGGAUUCCUAA